AUGUUCAUGAACAAUCAUGACGUGAAAGCCGUUCUUCAAGUCCUGCCCCACGCCGUCGUCUCGACUUUGUACAGACAAAAGAAGAACUUCGACACCUUUGGCACCAUACACAACCCAUCAACCACAAAGAAGAGAAGACUAAGAAAGCCAGUUGUACCUGAUGCAGAAGCCCAUACCAAUUCACCCGAAUCUGAGAGCCCUCAGCCCAAGAAUCUUUUGUCAGAAACCGAUCGCACCGUAGAAAUGCUUUUCUCCCAAGGUUGUUCCGUCCGUGUUGUGCAAACCUGGUUCCCAAACAGACCCAAGAGCAGCCUGUAUCGAAUGCAAAAGAAUUUUCAAACCUUUGGCACCGUCAGAAAGCCAGAGACCAUGCACAAGAAGAAGGGAAGACCGCCAGCUGUCACAUCCGAGAUGAAACAAUGGUUGGUCGAGCUAGUCAAGGACGGCAAAGAGAUGUGGCAGAGAGACCUUGCCUACGAGCUGUACACAAAGUUUGGUGUCUUUGUAUCUGCCUCCACCAUUUCACGUCUUCUCAAAGAGCAGAACGUAGUCAAAACGCUGGGUCCCGUAGAGAGUGCGGAUACAGACACGGCACCAGAAGAAGAUUCGGAUACACUAAUUACUGAAGACCCAACUCUGGACCCUCUUCUCCAAUGGCCUUGA